AUAUUUUCAAAUGCUUGCAGAGAAUGGUUCACUAAAACUAAGUUACAUGGUUGAUCUUUUUCACAUUUUCUAGGUUGAUAGAAGCACUGGGGACCCAAUUAUAGCACUUAAACAUGAAAAAAGUCAGAUUUUCAUGAUAUGUCCCCUUUAACUAUUGUCAGGUCUAGCUUCGAUAUGUUUUUCAUCAACAAGUGCUGAAUGAACAAACUUGGACAGACAGGAAAAGGUGGGUGAUUUCUUACUCUCAGCACAUUUCUCUCAGAUGUUUUGACUUGUAAAGUCCACAGACAGCAUGCAUGAUCUAUCUUAUAUUGUCCUGUUCUGUGUAAUAUCUCUAAAAGUGACGGCCGGUACAGUUUCUCAGUUUCCCCAGUCAGUGGAUGUGAGGUUGGGUGAUACAGUGACCAUAUACUGCCACCUGAACGAAGUGCAGUCAUUAUGUCACACAGUGGCUUGGCUCCGAGUGGAUCCAGUGAAUGGAGAGACGCACACGGUACAGGUUCCUCCUCAGAGUACAAAUCAGGUGCAGAGCUCAGUGUGUUCAGUUUCAGUCUACAAUGCAACAGAACAGGACUCUGGGACAUAUUACUGCAUCGUUUUAGACCGUGAGCAAAUGUACCUUGGGAAUGGCACAACUGUCAUUGUUAAAGAGACAGUGUCGAUGCCAUCUAUUGAAAUUAUGGCAUUUGCAAGCAGCAAUGCUCACGACUCUACUGUGACUCUUCAGUGUGUGAUUGAGCGAUUUGCUCCAUCACAGGUCCAUGCGUACUGGCUCAUAGGCAGUAAAUGGGAGAAUGGACAGAUUGGGAGUAUUUGGGAGCGAAACAGAGAUACCUCACCAGGGAAAACUGUGAAUCAUGUCACAAUAUCAGAAAAAGAGUGGAGGUCAGCUGGAGACUGUGCAUGUGUUGUGAAGUUUGGCGGACAGACGUUUAUCAAAACUCUGCAUUAUAAUGAUAUCCAGGACCUCUGUUACACACUCAUCAGUACACCACGAAUUGUAGCACUGGUUACCGUUCUCUUCUUUUUUAUUGUAUUAUUGAUACUAACUGAAUGCUACUAAAACACAAAAACAUUGUAUUACACCCUUUAAUAUGUAAACAUGGUUUACAUCAAAUAAUAAUAGAUCAUUAAUUUAUCAUUUCACACAAAAACAUAGGAACAGCUAUAGAAUAGGUCAGGUAAAAAACUAUUUAAUUGUAAUUUGACAAAGGAGAAAAGGGAAACAUUAAUAACAAGCAUUCUCAUUAUCAUAAAUACAGAAAGCAUAGGUGUAAUAAUGUAAAGUAAUAAUGUUAUUAUUGAAUCGAAAAUGAUCUCCAAUUAAAUAAAUUGACAACAACAAAAAAAUAAUAAAAGAUAUAAAGAUUUAGUUUUACCUUUAUUGUUAUCUGACUUUUGUGUAAACUAAUUCAUUAAUAUUGAUUUAGUUAAAACAAGUAGUACAGUAGUUAUGUGGGUGAUUCUCACGAAAACUUGGUUUUUAAAAUGUUAAGCAUGAAAAUGUAAAAAUUGCUUAAAUUUACUUUUUUUCCCACCAGACAUUGAAAAACAAAGUCUGGAGUAAAUGGGAACAUUAAUUUAAAAACUUUUACUUAUCAUUUAACACUUUUUGUAACAUAAUUUAAAAAAUUAUUCCUAAAAAAUCUCAUUACCGCAACAGUCAGAAAACAUCAACAAUGACAUAUUUUCAAAAUGACAUGACAAACCUGAAAGAACAUAAUUUGGAGAUUCUGCACAUGCAUUUAAAAUCAAAGUAUUAUGCUUCUAUUAAUUAAAUUAACAUUUAAUAAGCAUCUGUUGCGGUAAUGAUAAUCAAAAUGUCGUGUAAGCAUUCUGACAAGACAAUAUUUCAAAUUAACUGUAAAAAAAUGAUCUUACCUGGUAGCCAUCUUGAAGUAACUGGUCCAUGUGCUUGGUCACUCAAAAUCAAACUUUAUUAAAAUUCUGUAUGUGUGCUUAAAUUGUUCUCAAAAAGUGUUGUGGAGGAUGAGAACAUCAGGC